CUGUACGACCACUGCUCCUUCUAGGGUUGCUCAACCAUCUACAUCUGCUUUUACUCCGCGAAAGGAGGAGAAUGGAGAAGAAGACACAGACACAGUGUGUGCACGACUUGAGGAAUUCGCGGAAUCCUUAAUGGUAAGGGUUGCAAAUUGACCUAUUAGUCUCACUUUUGAUUAUCUAAGGAUCACAAGCUAUUAGUCUCACAAGUAGACACUAAAAUAGCUACAUAAGAGGUACCAUGACAUGACAUUACAGUCUUAUCUGAAAGCAUAUAGAAGUAGGCUAUAUUAUAAAAUAUCAAAGCAUAUCUCAGUAGCAAAGUGAUGGAUAGCUCAUCAGCUUGCAACCCCUAAUAAUGCGUCGUCUCGACGCACACGAAGCGAAGAUAAGACAAGCGCUUGAAGAACGAGCUGGAGAGGGACAUGGUGAGCAUGGACAUGAUCGCCAAUCUUCGAGUCGAUGUGACGCCGAUCGAUUGCGGCGAAUCUUGAAGCGUAUAGAGAAAUGGCGCACGCGAGUCUUGCCUCUCCUGAUCCACCUUGUCGAGUCGGAUCAUUUAGACAAGCAGGAGCUGUAUUUUCUGCCUCCGUUGAACUCUGGGUUGCCGCGGGUGGUUGACCCGUGGGCACGCGAGGGAAAGAAGCAGGCACCGACCAUUCGGGGACCUUCAGGGAUUUUGAGGCCUGCGCACGAAGAACACAACUGCAGAAAGAAUGAAGCACAAGCAGGUCUUCAUACGACCACCGUAGAACAAGAGAUUUCUGAACUGUCACUACUGUGUUCGUCCACGUCGAGCAGUUCUUCUAGAGUGGGGUCGUCUCCAGCGAAGAGUCCUAGUAGUUCCUCUUCUGACAUGCUGUCUAUGGGAAAGAAACGACCAAGAGGCCCAAGAAAAGGACAGGAAAAUAUAGUAUUAAGUGGACCAGCUAUAAUAAUAUUGAGUAAAAAACCUCCUCCACCUUUCAUCGACGACGUGGGCGACGAGAACACUUCUUCAAGAAGAUUUGAGAAGGCAGCCCUCCAGAAGGACGCGUCUGUGAUAACUCAGCAAAUGGACGAUCAUGCGCAAAAAAACAUAGAGGAUACAGCCAGCACAUCACAUGGCUUGCGCAGUUCAUCAAGCCGUCCGAGCACUAGUGCCCACAGCAGUAACCUCCACACUGUAGAAGCGUCUGCAGCGUCUAUUGCUGUGGAGGCGUUGGAGGAGUCUUCGUCCCCGACCACUACAGUUUUACCUUGGGUUAUGGAUCAAGAAGUGAUUUUUAUGGGGAAAUCGCGGGAGCUCACCCCGCUAUCCCUCUUCAAUAGCGAACGCGGCUUCCUAG